AUGUUCUCCUUCGCCAUUCACGUCUGCAGCGUCUUGCUCGCACUUUCCGGGCAUCGUUCCAUCGAGUGGGGCGUGUCCAUCGACCUCAACACCCCCGGCAGUGCCACUGUUCACCUGAGCGGUACCCUCCAGGACGUCGUGGCCCGGAUGGAGAAGGACUACCCUGGAUGGAACGAGACCUUCUCUCAGCCUGACGAACACUACGGCGCUCUCCGGCAACACAUCAGACAUUGA